AUGGAAGGUUUAGAUUUAAACGUCAGAAUUGACAGUAAUUCCGGUAAGGAGGGUUGUGAUUAUGAUGGCGAAGGUGUUGCGGAUGUUGUUGAAGAUGUUGCAGACUCAGAAGGAUCGUUGAAUUCGUAUAAUGAUGUUGAAGAAAUCAAUGAUGUUGAUCAUGUUGAUUCAGCAAUUGUUCUUAGUGAUGAUAGAUCUUUGGUUGAAUUCGAUGAUCGUGUUUCUGAAUCUUUGGAAGAUAAUGUGCUAAUUGGACGUUGUUAUAACUCAUUGGAAGAGGCUUUUUCUGAUUAUAAUUCUUAUGCAAAACGCAUUGGGUUUUCAGCAAAAAAGUUCAAAGACAGAAAAAGGCCCAAUGCGAUGGUUGUGUUGAGGAUUGAUGAUGAAGGUAUAUGGAAGGUGGUUCAGCAUGUGGUUGACCAUUGUCAUGAUCUUGUUCCUUUAAGACAGAGGCAUUUGAUUCGGUCUCAAAGAGAAGUUCCAGCUAAUGAUGUGAUACUUUUGUCCACUUUGAAGGAUAGUAGUAUUGGUCUUAUCAAGGGUUUCAGUUUUUUGAGGAAUCAAGCACGAGGUGUUCCUAACCUAGGCUACACCGUAACAGAUGCUAGGAAUCAGGUUGCAGCUCAUGAACGUGCUAAAUGGGAAGGUGGUGAUGCAAACAAUCUGUUGAAUUUGUUGAAGAAAAGGCAGGAGACAGAAGAAGUCCCUUUGAUUUUCAAGAAGGCACGACAUCGUCUUUGCACAUGGCAUAUCGGUGAAAAUUCGAAGAACCACUUUGGCUACAUUAGGAACAAAUCCGGUUUUAUGGACUUAUUCCAACUGGUUCUGAGGCAUACUGAUAAAGUUGCUGAGUUUGAGUAUUAUUGGCGUUUGAUGUGUGACACUUACAAUUGUCACAAUGAUAAGUGGUUGAAAGCUAGGUAUGCCUCAAGAGAGAAGUGGUGCCCUGCAUUUAGCAAGUCUUUUUUUUCGGGUGGUGCAUUGUCGUCACAAAGGAGUGAAACAACAAACAGGUCAAUUUCGCAAUCCCUUAGUAAGGCUUCUCGGUUAUGCACUUUUUAUCAUAGGUUCAAAGAAGUAGUUGAUGGUUGGAGGCAAAAUGAGAACGAUGAAGACAACCGUUGCAAUAAUGGUCGCGUUAAUAUGCGUUUCCCAAAUAGUGAUAUGUGUCGGCAUGCUAGAGAAUUAUACACAAUUCAGGCAUAUAUUGUGUUUGAAAAAGAAUUUGAUGUUGCAGUUCAGUGUAAUCAUUGGUUUAUUGGUUCUUUUAACGGUCACCCUGAUAUAGAGCUACAUCAUGUGAGGCGGAUGCAAGUUGAUGUGAUGAAUCACCAAGUUAUUUUUAAUGCUCGUUCGAAUGAGAUUAAAUGCACAUGCAGCAAGUUUUCUGAUUCGAGGUUUUUGUGUGCUCAUUGUCUCAGAGUUUACAUGUUUCGUAAUGUCAAUCAAGUUCCAAAAUGUUACAUUUUGCAAAGGUUCAGAAGGAAUGCUAAUAUAGGGUGUAUUGGUGAUUCUUUGGACAGUGCAUAUGGGUCUAAAUUUGAUACAUCAAGUUCUUUCUUAUGGAGGACCGACAUGAUUAAGAAGUUUAUCAGCCUUUUAUCAGCUAGUGAAUCAUGUGAGGGUGCCAAAAAAAUCAUUUCAGAUACCAUGAAAACAUUGUCUGAUAAUGUUAGUAAGGAGGUUGGAUCUUCGCUCGAAGAAACUGAAGAGGGUGCGUUUGGAAACAAGGAUUCUACAAGUUCAACUGUAAAUAUUAAAGAUCCUGAGACAUUGAGGCCAUUGGGGGAGCGGAAUGUAAGGUGGAAGAGUGCAACUGAGAUAAGAUCAAGAAAAGCUAGUACAAAACAUAAGAAAGGUGCAGCUUUGAGGACGAGGAAGACUAUAUACAAAAGGGUGAACAUUGAUAACCCUGAUUUUAUUGGUCGUUAUGCGCACCCUCUUGUUUUUAGUGGAUUUGAUCAGGUUAAUAGUCAAGGUAGUGAAUUAUAG